UGGGAGAGGCAAGUGAUUUUAUCGACGGCAUGCCUUGUGAGCCCGACGGUUCUGUAUUAGGUUCACUUCUCAGUUCUUGCACAAUCCAUGGAGAAAUGAGGCUAGGACAUGAAGUGGGCCAAAAGUUAAUCGAAUUACAACCACAGUAUUCUGGACGAAUGCAGAAUUGCUUUCCAUGGACGCUAUGAGGUCAUCUCUUACAUAAUGCAUCUUCUCACCACCUAACAACAUUGAGCAUUCCUGUACGUAAACCUGUAUUGACAGGGAUGGGGGAAGACAAGAAGAAUCUUACAGCAUUCUUUGGGGGAAGACAGAAGAAUCUUACAGCAUUCUUUGAAACAGAUUGUGUGAAGAUAUCAUUUGAGAGCUGUGACCAAAUCCAUAUUUGGGCAGCUUCACAAAAUUUCGAAGCUUGACGAUUGGGUAAUUUGCUUGCUGCAUUAUUGGGGAGGGGCGGAUAAUGAUUGGCUCCUUCCUCCAUUAAAGAUUGAAACUCCUUGACAGCAAAGCUUGACAAGUACUACUUCUCUUCCGUAGUUCACUACAUAAACAUAAUUUAUAUAUAUUUGUUGAAGGAAAGCAAGAAGAUAAUAUAUGCAGCAUACUUAUCUUCGGUUCACAAAGAGGAAGUUGUCGUAAUGAAUAUUGCUUUGCCUUCUCUUCUGCCUUCUGUUUUGUUGUUUGGAACUUGUUAGGUUAGGUCUUUGUCCUUGUGAUGUGAUUAUGUUGUCGUUUUAUCUUAGUGUGUUCUGUAUUUUUUGCCAUCAACUUUCCAUUUUCUCAUGAAACGUCAGUAUAAUUGUUUGCUAACAGAUUGUAUCUCCAUCCUUAAUUGUUUGCUAACAGUAAUCUUGACCAGACAAAAAAUUUACAGUCAUACUCUCCUUUCAAAAGGGUCGGCCAAGGAUGCUCUUGUUACCCACAUAAAAACGAGGGGGGAAACAUUGUGACUAAAAUGUCAUAAUCUCUCCAAGCACAUGAAUUGGCCACAGAUUUUUCUCGCAACUAAAAUCCCAAUCACUUUUGCACACUCAACUGACUGUAUAAAACGAUCCCAGUUGCAUAUACACAAAUCAGAGCACAAACUCUUCCUCCUAUCUUCUGCUUGAAAUGGCUAAGGCUGACAGAUACUCCCCAUCUUCAUCGCCUCUCUAUGAGAGAUUCCCUCUCAAGUACACCAAUCAUAGAAUUCUAGACGUUGUGGUGUCCCUCCUCUUGGCUUCCCUUCUACUCUAUCGUCUCCUCCAUCUCCACCACCAUGGCAUUGCUUGGCUUAUUGCUCUUUCAUGCGAGUCUUGGUUCGCCUUCUUUUGGCUUCUCGCCGUCUCCACCAAAUGGACUCCCGCUGAGUUUAAAACUUACCCUGAGCGGCUUUCCGAGCGGGUGGAGGAGCGGGGGCUCCCGGCGGUGGAUAUGUUCGUGACGACUGCGGACCCAGUGCUGGAACCGCCGAUAAUCACAGUCAACACGGUGCUUUCGCUAAUGGCGGUGGAUUACCCUGUGAGUAAGCUUGCCUGCUAUGUCUCGGACGACGGCUGCUCACCUCUCACCUAUUACUCUCUAGUGGAAGCAUCGAAAUUCGCUAGGCUGUGGGUCCCAUUCUGUAAGAAGUACAACGUCCACGUGAGAGCUCCAUUUCGAUACUUCUCCGUUGCCGAGGUUUCUUCUGGUAAUGGCGAAUCAUCAGAGUUCCGGCAAGAGUGCGAGAAGAUGAAGGAAGAGUACGGGAAGCUGUGUUGUAAGAUCGAAGAGGCAACCGGAAAGCAGCCAUCGUCAUGGGACGUAACUUACAGUGGAGAUUUGGCUGCUUUUGCUCAUGUUGAGCGGCGGAACCAUCCAACCAUUAUUAAGGUGAUAUGGGAGAACAAAUAUGAUACGUGGGCGGGAGAAGAAGGGCUGCCGCAUUUGGUAUACAUAUCCAGGGAAAAACAUCCCGAACAUCCACAUCACUACAGGGCCGGUGCCAUGAACGUCCUGACUCGAGUGUCAGGAGUUAUGACGAACGCACCGCUCAUGUUGAACAUGGACUGUGACAUGUACGCCAACAAUCCACUCAUCGUCCGCUAUGCAAUGUGUGUGUUGCUAGAUGCCAGAAGGGAAGAGGGGUUCGUCCAGUUCCCCCAGUCUUUCUAUGGGGCCUUAAAGGAUGAUCCCUUUGGCAAUCAACUGGUGGUCCUUUUACAAUUUGUAGGAGCUGGGAUAUCAGGGAUCCAAGGAGCUUUUUAUGGAGGAACAGGGUGCUUUCACAGGCGCAAAGUCAUUUAUGGUUUGUGCCCGGUUGACAACACUGGUAAACAAGACAGAAUUCUCUGCCCUGUUCAUGGGGAAUUUUCGGAGAAGGAACUGCUCAGGAUAUUCGGCACUUCAAUCGAGUUUGCAGAGUCAGCCGGACUUGCAUUGAAAGGGCAUACCAAUUCCCAAACCAACACUUCUAGAGGUCGUCUUUUGGACUCGGUCGAGGUAGCAAAUCAGGUUGCCGGCUGCAACUACGAAUCCAGCUCAAAUUGGGGCAAACCAAAUAUUGGUUGGCAAUAUGGUUCCACGACGGAAGACGUGCUAACGGGCCUUGGCAUUCACACCAGAGGAUGGAGCUCCGUAAUGUGCAACCCAUACCCUGUGGCCUUUCUCGGCUGUGCUCCAACUGGCGGCCCAGCUUCCCUGACUCAACAGAAGAGAUGGGCUACCGGUUUGCUAGAAAUCCUGAUCAGCGGAAGAAACCCUUUAAUUUCGGUAUUCACUGCCAAGCUCCAAUUCCGGCAGUGCUUGGCGUAUUUGUGGAUCAACAACAACUCCAAUUUCCUGAGCUCUGCUAUUCCCUCCUCCCUGCUUAUUGCCUCAUCAACAACUCCAAUUUCCUCCCGAAGUUGCAAGAUCCAGGAAUCUACAUCGUAAUAGCUCCACUAGCAGCCUACACAGUCUACAGACUGCUCGAGUAUUCCCAAACAGGGCUUUCAAUCCGGGCAUGGUGGAACAACAUGAGAAUGGCGAGGAUCGUGGCGACAGGGCCCCGAUUUCUCUCCCUCCUGAGCGUGAUUUGCAAAGUGUUGGGGUUAUCAGAAACAGUCUUCGAAGUCACCCAGAAGGACACUACUAGUAGCAGUGAUGAUGAUCAAAGUCACCAUGACGUAGCGAGUCGUUUCACAUUCGACGGAUCCUUGAUGUUUGUACCCGGAAUGGUGCUCGUGCUCGUUAAUCUGGCCGCUUUGGGAAUUUGGUUGGUGACCGGUUUUGGAGACGGGUCGGGUCUGGGAGAGGUGAUCAGCUGCGUGGUGGUAUUGAGCUUCUUUUGGCCUUUCGUUGAAGGGUUAUUUGUGGGGAGAGGGAAGUAUGGGAUUCCGCUGGCUACGGUUGGAAAGUCUUUUACAUUGGCUCUGGUUUUUGUUUUGUCGUUCAUCGCACGACGACCUAACAGCGCUUAGAUUUAUGGGUAUAGAUAGUUUGUGUAUGAUAGUUGUGGAGAAAGUUUUUGCUAGGUAUUGCAAAGAAAACUCCACAAUUUUCAAUGUCAUUUAUAAUUUUAAUUUAUGAGUUGAAGCGAUCAUUAUUUCAAGUAUAGUAGGAUAAAAUAUAUUUGAUGCUAUUUAU